GGAGGAACUGCAGCAAGCGCUGGGCCAGCUGGAUGUGGCGCCGGCCAAACUGCUGGACUUUAAAGGUAAUUAUUGCGUUUCUACGGUCCUAAGGGGAGUCUUUUCUCUUUCGCUUCCAGGCCGCGAUGGGAAAGAAGAACAGGAACAAAUCGGCGUUGAACUCUGAGGAAACGACAACGGAAGUGCAUCCUCGAGUCACCAAGCAAGAUUUGGGUGUAGCCGAUGGAGAGGAACCGGCUUUGUCGAAAUCGUGCCUCUCCGCCGGUAGCGAUCCGUACGAAGUGCCGUUCUACUCGAGACAAGCGGCCUUCGCGCUCCUUUGGCUCCUGGUGUACAGCUUCGGGAUGUUCACGCUUCCAUUCGCUGCCUUCUUCGGAACGAGGCACAUCUUGACGCACAACUUCCACAUUGAGGGAUUUGCCAACACUUGCGGAUCGGUCCUGGCCGCGGUCUUGAUGGUGAACGUGAUCAUCGUGCUGUAUGCCCUGAAGGGAUUCAAAGAAGCGGAGGAGGAUGCCCAGGAGGAGAAGAAGCGAAAGGAACAGGCGGAAGGAACAGCAGGAGAUGCCAAAGAUGAAUCGAAAAAGUCGAAAUAAUUUGUGUGAUUUAGAUGUGGAACUUUUGAGUAUUUUCAACCUGUGGAGUAGUAAUAUUUUUUCGAGUGAAUAAAGUGAAAAGACUUCCUUUUAGGCCAUUUAAUGUAAUGAAA